CGCCGCUUCGAGCUGUCGAACCCUUUUGUUCUUGAGCGACGGCGCAACUCAACAUGGAAAUGUUUCUUCCAAAUUGGGCGGGUCUCAAUAUUGCGUCAACGAGACGAGGAUGAAUCGCUCUCGAUUCCAUCUGCGCUGCUUUCCUUUCAGAAGGGAACCUCCCCUGUCCAACCGCUUGCGCUGUUGAUAUUUCGGCCUCAUCUUAUUUGCUCUCAGCUCACCAUUUAGCGUUUAGUUCCUUUUUCCGUCUUCUGUGUUUGUCUUCUCAAUCAAACGGCUUGGAUACCGAACCA